ACAAAGCCCAAGUAAAAGCCCAUAUUGAGCGAGGAACCUUUACUUCUCGAGAAACAGAAACUCUUUUACAGUAACAGCGGCUGGGAGAUUAAAGAGCAAGGAAGAAAAUCAAUUCAAUUUCAUCCCCUCUCUCUUUUUUAUUUUUAUUAUAUUUAUAUUAUUGUAUUAAUAUUAGUUUCCUCAUCGUUUUCCUGAAAGCCCUAGUGGUGUUUUGGAUGACCAGUGACCGUUUCUUAAGCUGUUCUUUAUCAGUUGGAAAUGGGUGCAAGUCGGAAGCUGCAGGGGGAGAUCGACCGAGUUCUCAAGAAGGUUCAAGAGGGCGUCGAUGUAUUUGAUAGCAUCUGGAACAAGGUCUAUGAUACGGACAAUGCAAAUCAGAAAGAAAAAUUCGAGGCGGACUUGAAGAAGGAGAUAAAGAAGCUACAGAGAUACAGAGACCAGAUCAAAACAUGGAUACAGUCCAGCGAGAUCAAGGAUAAGAAGGUUAGUGCCUCUUAUGAGCAGGCUCUGAUGGACGCUCGAAAGCAAAUUGAGCGUGAAAUGGAACGAUUUAAGAUAUGUGAAAAAGAAACGAAGACAAAAGCAUUCUCAAAAGAAGGCCUAGGCCAGCAGCCUAAAACGGAUCCGAAGGAAAAAGCUAAAGGAGAAACAAGAGAUUGGUUAAAUAAUGUGGUCAGCGAGCUGGAAAAUCAAAUUGAUAGCUUUGAAGCUGAAAUAGAGGGGCUUUCUGUUAAGAAAGGGAAGACAAGGCCUCCCAGACUGACGCAUCUGGAGACAUCCAUUGGUCGGCAUAAGGCUCAUAUUAUGAAGUUAGAAUUAAUUCUAAGGCUGUUGGACAACGAUGAAUUGAGCCCAGAGCAAGUCAAUGAUGUAAAGGAUUUCUUGGAUGACUACGUGGAAAGAAAUCAGGAGGACUUUGAUGAAUUUAGUGAUGUCGAUGAGCUUUACAGUUCUCUACCUCUGGACAAGGUGGAGUCUCUUGAAGACCUAGUUACUAUCGGUCCUCCUGGUCUUGUAAAGGGUGCCAGUGCCACCAGUGCAGUUUUAAAUAUGAAAACAUCUUUGGCUGCAGUACCCACUCCUCCAGCAACAACCUCAGCUUCCGUCCAGCAAACUCCUCCUUCCCUCGACCAGGUGGAUGAAACAGCUUUCCAGGAUGAUGCAGUUGCUAGAACUCCACCUCCUAAAAGUAGUUCCCUCAGUAUUUCUGCACCACAAACGCCAGCAUCUGGCCUUGCAGCUUCUGCCAUCACAAGUGCCGGCAGUGCUUCAUCCCCAGUAGCUGUAUCAAGUCCUAUAAAAGAAGAGGAGAUCGCAAACUUCCCUGGUCGUAAAUCAUCACCAGCUCUUGCUGAAACUGGAUUAAGGGCUAUUGGUAAAGGUGGAUUGCCAAGUCAACCAACUUCUAACAUCCUUCCCAGUUCUGGAAACACAAUUUCCAGCAAUGGUACCAUUCCUUUGGGUUCUGAAAUUGGGAAAAGGAAUAUUUUGGUAUCCGAUGAUCGAUCCGCGAGCAGUGGUAUUGCACAGUCUCUUGUAUCUCCCCUAGGCAAUAGAGUAAUCUUGUCACAAGCUGCCAAGGCUAGUGAUGGACUUGGAUCAGCUGAUACUGGAAAUGUUAGCGAUGCUGCGAUUAUGGGCAGCAGGGUUUUCACUUCUCCUGUUGUUCCUGGUAUGCAGUGGAGGCCCGGAAGUUCCUUCCAGAACCAGAAUGAAGCGGGGCAGUUUCGUGGAAGAACCGAGAUUGCUCCCGAUCUAAGGGAGAAGUUUCUACAACGAUUUCAGCAGGUACAGCAGCAAGGUCAGACUAAUGUUCUUGGCAUGCCUCCUCUUGCUGGGGGGAAGCAGUACUCUGCUCAGCAGCAGAAUCUACUUCUACAGCAGUUCAAUGCUCAAAGCUCGUCUAUCUCACCUCAACUCGGGAUGGGGAUAGGAGUCCAAACUUCAGGUCUUAGCAGUGUUGCAACAUCUGCUUCUCUGCAGCCACAACCGAGUGCAAUACACCAAUCAUCUAAUCAGCAGGCAGUCAUAUCUUCAACAUCUAAGGAUGCAGAAACUAGCCUUACAAAAGUUGAGGAAUUGCAGCAGCAACAGCCUCUCACAGAAGACUUGGCGCCAGAUUAUAGUUCUAACUCCGGCCUAGGAAAAAGUCUCGUGCAAGAUGAUGAAAUGAAAACUUCCCAUGCCUUAGAUACUACAGCUGCAGUUGCUUCUGGACCACUUGUUGAACCUUCCCAGGUGAUGAGGGAAACCGACCUUUCUCCAGGGCAACCUUUGCAACCAGCUUCAUCUUCUGGAAGUCUUGGUGUUAUUGGUCGAAGAAGUGUAUCUGAUCUCGGUGCUAUUGGAGAUAACAUCAGUGCAUCAACUGCAAAUUCGGGAGGAAUGCACGAUCAGAUAUACAAUUUGCAGAUGCUCGAGGCUGCUUAUUAUAGACUUCCUCAACCCAAAGAUUCUGAACGUGCAAGGACCUAUACUCCAAGACACCCUGUAAUCACUCCUCAGAGUUAUCCUCAAGUGCAAGCGCCAAUUGUCAAUAAUCCUGCCUUCUGGGAGCGGCUUGGUCCAGAUUCUUAUGCCACUGAUAUGCUCUUCUUUUCAUUUUACUAUCAACAGAAUACUUACCAGCAAUACUUGGCUGCUAAGGAAUUGAAAAAGCAGUCUUGGAGGUACCACAGAAAAUUCAAUUCAUGGUUCCAACGGCACGAAGAGCCAAAAGUUGCCACAGAUGAUUUUGAACAGGGGACAUAUGUCUACUUUGACUUCCAUAUUUCCAGUGACGAACAACAGGGAUGGUGCCAGAGAAUCAAGACAGAGUUUAUCUUUGAAUACAGUUUUCUUGAAGAUGAGCUAAUCAUAUAGAGAGAGAGAGAGAGAGAGAGAGAGAGAGAGAGAGAGAGAGAGACCUUUAUUUCUAUUAAAUUAUGGCUUGUAACUUAUGAUCCUUUAUAUUUAUUUAUUUAUUGUCGAAGUUGGAUUUGUUGUUAGAUGGUCAAAAUUGUAAAGGUCCAUGAUUUAGAGAUGCUGAUCCAUCAUGAAUAAACAACCAAGUA